CUUGUGGAAAAGUUUGGCAUUGAUCCCAACAAUGCUUUUGCAUUCUGGGACUGGGUUGGCGGACGGUAUAGCGUUUGCAGUGCUGUUGGGGUGUUGCCUUUAUCUCUCCAGUAUGGUUUCUCGAUUGUUGAGAAGUUCUUAAAGGGAGCGUCAAGCAUUGAUCAGCAUUUUUACUCAGCACCAUAUGAGCAAAAUAUACCUGUGCUUUUAGGCUUGUUGAGUGUAUGGAAUGUUUCAUUUCUUGGAUAUCCUGCAAGGGCCAUCUUACCUUACUCCCAAGCUCUGGAAAAGUUUGCCCCACAUAUUCAACAGGUUAGCAUGGAAAGUAAUGGCAAGGGCGUAUCAAUUGAUGGAGUUCCACUUCCCUUUGAGACCGGUGAAAUUGACUUUGGUGAACCUGGAACAAAUGGUCAGCACAGCUUUUACCAACUCAUUCACCAGGGACGCGUUAUUCCUUGUGAUUUUAUUGGUGUUGUGAAAAGUCAGCAACCUGUUUACCUGAAAGGUGAAGUGGUGAGUAACCAUGAUGAGCUCAUGUCCAACUUCUUUGCACAGCCAGACGCCCUUGCAUACGGGAAGACCAUAGAGCAGUUGCAGAAGGAGAAUGUUCCACAACAUCUUAUCCCUCAUAAGACCUUCUCUGGAAAUCGGCCUUCUCUCAGUCUUUUGUUACCUUCACUGAAUGCUUACAAUAUUGGACAG